AUGAGUAGAAGGAAUCACACGAAUGUGCCUGACUUCAUCCUGAUGGGACUGACAGACGCUGCAGAGAUCCAGCUGCUCCUCUUUGUGCUGUUUCUGCUGAUUUACCUGGUUACUGUGCUGGGGAAUGUGGGGAUGAUAUUGAUAAUCCGCCUGGAUCUCCAGCUCCACACCCCCAUGUAUUUUUUCCUCACUCACCUGUCCUUUCUGGACCUCAGUUACUCAAAUGUUAUCACACCUAAAACCUUAGAGAAUUUACUGACGUCUAACACAUAUAUUUCAUUCAUGGGCUGCUUUGCCCAAAUGUACUUUUUUAUCCUCUUGGCUGCUACUGAGUGUUUUCUUCUGUCCUCGAUGGCCUAUGACCGCUAUGUAGCUAUCUGCAAUCCUCUACAGUAUCCACUUAUUAUGUCCACAAGACUCUGCUGUGCCCUCGUCACUGGGUCCUAUAUGAUUGGCUUCAUAGAUUCCUCUUUCUCUGUGCUUUGCAUAAGCAGAUUGCACUAUUGUGACUCCAAUGUAAUCCACCACUUUUUCUGUGAUACAUUCCCAAUCCUAGCCCUGUCCUGCACUGACACAUUUGACACUGAAGUCACAGUAUUCAUUUUUGCUGGCUCUACCUUAAUGCUGUCCCUUAUUACAAUAGCUAUGUCCUAUGUGUCCAUUCUCUCUACUAUCCUGAAAAUAAAUUCCACUUCAGGAAAGCAAAAAGCCUUUUCUACUUGUGCCUCCCAUCUCCUUGGAGUCACCAUAUUUUAUGGCACCAUGAUUUUCACUUACUUAAAACCAAGUAAGUCCUACUCCUUGGGAAAAGAUCAAAUGGCUUCUGUUUUUUACACUAUUGUGAUCCCCAUGCUCAAUCCACUCAUUUAUAGUCUCAGGAACAAAGAAGUGAAGAAUGCUCUUCUUAGGAUCAUGCACAAGAGAGAUACCUCCAGGGCAUUGAAAUAG